GCGCCCGCCCCCACGCGCCCGGCGCCUCCCUCCCUCCCUCCCGCCCUCCUCGCCGCCCAGCCAGCCCAGGCCUCUGGCGAACAUGGCGCUUGUCCCCUGCCAGGUGCUGCGGGUGGCAAUCCUGCUGUCCUACUGCUCUAUCCUGUGUAACUACAAGGCCAUCGAAAUGCCCUCACACCAGACCUACGGAGGCAGCUGGAAAUUCCUGACGUUUAUUGAUCUGGUUAUCCAGGCUAUCUUUUUUGGCAUCUGUGUGCUGACUGAUCUUUCCAGUCUUCUGACUCGAGGAAGUGGGAACCAGGAGCAAGAGAGGCAGCUCAAGAAGCUCAUCUCUCUCCGGGACUGGAUGUUAGCUGUGUUGGCCUUUCCUGUUGGGGUUUUUGUUGUAGCAGUGUUCUGGAUCAUUUAUGCCUAUGACAGAGAGAUGAUAUACCCGAAGCUGCUGGAUAAUUUUAUCCCAGGGUGGCUGAAUCACGGAAUGCACACGACGGUUCUGCCCUUUAUAUUAAUCGAGAUGAGGACAUCGCACCAUCAGUAUCCCAGCAGGAGCAGCGGACUCACCGCCAUAUGUACCUUCUCUGUUGGCUAUAUAUUAUGGGUGUGCUGGGUGCAUCAUGUAACUGGCAUGUGGGUGUACCCUUUCCUGGAACACAUUGGCCCAGGAGCCAGAAUCAUCUUCUUUGGGUCUACAACCAUCUUAAUGAACUUCCUAUACCUGCUGGGAGAAGUUCUGAACAACUAUAUCUGGGAUACACAGAGAAAUAUGAAAAUUAACUUUAUGUACCUAGGACCAUCUAGUUAGUUCCACAGAGACAGAUGUUUUGUGCCAACUGCCAAACUAAAGUAGGUGGGAAGCCAUUUUCCCUCUCUAGGUCAGUGAAUAACCCCUGCUCUCCACCCGCGCUUUUGAAGAUUCUAGCACUGCUGCCAAGUCAACCCAUCUGCAGCAGAACGCUUUGGAAAAAACAGACUUUAAAAAAAGAAGCAAACUGCUCUUAGCCCCUGAUAGCCUCUCCACAGGAGAGGGAAUAUGGACAGAGCUGAGGUUCAAGACACAUGUGCUGUUUGAGCUGAAUCUGUGCUAUUUUCUUUUUUCCGUGGUUACCCAACAACGAAGGCGUGUUGUACCUUCUUGCCUUCAACCCUGUUCCUCCUCCCGUCAGAUGUCCUUACUCCUCAACUUUAAGUUUUCCUUCAUAGGCUUUCUGAGAAGGACUUUGGAAAAAGUUCUCCAGAUCUCUGCCAGUUCCUUAGCCAUGAAAAUCAAACAUAAAAGACCAUCUGGGGACAUUCGUUCAGAGCACGUUGCCCACAUUCCACCACCGCUACUCUGGCAGCACAAAACAUAUACCAGGAGCUGGGGGUUAUGUGGUGGGGAAGUCCUUCCUACUGUAAGCCCUAACAUUAUGACCCUCUGGGGUUAAAUUUCAUAAUUUUCAUAUUGUAGAGUCCCAUAUUUUGUUCUACUGCUUUCCACUAGUCUAGGCUUCUGAAGUCUUCUCUGUGUUCACUGCUUAUUAAUUUUAUUCAACAAAGAUUAAUUGAGCUCCUGCAAUGAGACACACACCCUAUGUUAGGUGCUGGGGAUAUAAUCAGGAACAAAACAGGGAAGGGCCCUACCCUCUGAAAGCUUGCAAUUUAUGAAAGAAUACUAACAAAACCUGCAAAGUGAUAUUUUAAGUUAUUUUGUUUCAUUUUUGCUAUUGAAACAAAGAAACUGAGAAUUUGGUAAGAUUCAAAAAAUGUUUAGGUUCAAGAAAAAGAAAAAAGCAAGAAGCACUUGCCAGAUUUAACUGUAAUUCCUAAAAAUGAUGAACAUUUUCAUCUUCAGGAACAUGAAAUAUCAUUGAGUAUUCUCUACAGACGAUAGGCAAAGGGUCUUACUGGUCCAGUACGUACAAGUCCUUCAGGAAGAAAAACAUGAUUCUACCAGGAUUGGGUUGAAUAGAGAGAGAACUGCAGUUUAAGAUUCAAGAGUAUGGAAAUAAAGAGUUCUUCUGUCUAAUAAACUCUCUAGGACCUUUAAAAAAAUAAGAAGAAGAAGAAAAAAAAAAACCAUGGCUUUUUAAAAUCCAAAGUCCUUGCCUUGGGAAGGGACAGGACUAAAGUAAAAAUAAAUGACGUCUGUUUGAAACUCAUGAGUUGCACACCUCAUGUUGCCAGAAGCUAGUUUAAAAAGCAGUCUAGCUGGGGUUUCCAUGCAAACUCAGCAAGUCAUGAAUCAACUUGCAGGCUUGUCUCCCAGAGGCCAUAGGAGCUGGGUGUGUCACAGAGAUGCUGUGUCCUGAUUCUGUGGAAAGGGUGGGGAAGAGAGGUCACAGAGGAUGUUUCUGGAGAAAGUUGUUCAUGGCUUUCCUUCUUAGCUAGGAGGGAAAGUGGGGUGUGUCAGGAGAGUGAAUGGGAGAAGUGAGGGCAGAUGAGUGGAUGUGUGAGUAGUGUUAGCAAACCAGAUUAAACAAACUGCUCGUAGUUUAAUCUGAUGCUCAAAUAAAACACUUUGCCUGUAUUUCUAGGUAUGGAAGAAGAGAAAGAAAAGCCUAAAUUGGAAUGAGAUCCAAGCCUAAACGCAAGAGCUAGAUUGAGCCACCAUUGAAGACUCAUUCCCCUCCGGCAUUGGCAGUGGGGGAGAAAAGGCUUCAAAGGAACUGGUGGCAUCAGCACCCCCCGCCGCCAAUGAGGACACCUUUAAAUAUAAAUAUGUAUAAACAUAGAAUACAGUUGUUUCCAAAAGAACGCACCCUCACUGUGUUUUAAAGAAUUCUUCCCAAAGUCAUUAUUGAUAAUAACAUUUUUUCCUUUUCUAGUUUUAAAACCAAAAUUGGACCUUGGAUUUUUAUUUUGGCAAUUGUAACUCCAUCUAAUCAAGAAAUAAUAAAAGUUUAUUGCACUUCUUUUUGAGAACUAUGUUAAAGUCAAAGGGGCAGAUGUAGAGUAAGGCUUUUGUGUUUUUAGUCCUAAAGGUGGCUGUAAUCAUGAACCUAAGCCACCAUGGGGACCUGAGAGGAAAGGGGACAGAUGUUUCUCAUUGCAAUAAUGUCACAGUUGCCUCAAAUGAGCACUAUUUGUAAUAAUGAUGUCAAUUUCAUGAAAAGCCUGAGUGUAUUGCAUCUCUUGAUUUAAUCAUGUGAAACUUUUCUUAGAUGCAAAUUCUGACUUUAAUAAAGACGAAGCCACUCU